CGGCGCGGCGGCCGCACUCCGCUAACCUUGAGCGGCGCGGCGUGGGAGGGCGGGGCCGGCAGAUACCCGCAGCGCCUCUUCACGGCACAUGCGGCUGAGAGGCGCCGCCACUGGUGGAAGGAGGCAGCUACAGCGCAGCGCGGUACAGCGGUCAGCCGUGACCCGUGACAAGGGGUCACCAUGUGGGCGGUGGCGCUGGCCGUGGUGUUGGUGCUGGUGACACUGGUGUGGCGCAGCCGAAAUUCCAACAAGAAACUUCCCCCAGGGCCGGGUGGAUUGCCUUUUAUCGGCCAAGCAGUCGUGAACGGCAACAUACGCAAAGAACUUCAAUUCAUCGAAUGGUACAAGCAGUACGGUCCAAUUUAUCACUUCACAUCGCUUGGGGAGAAGAUGAUCGUGCUUUCUGACCCUGAUAUUAUACGGGAAGCCUUCUCAAAGACCGAGACAACAGAUCGUCAGUCCAACGCGAUGUUUACGCUUCUUUAUGCUGACACCGGUCUCAUCUUCAGUAGCGGAGAACUCUGGAAGCAGUCACGACGCUUCUCGCUCCACCAUUUGCGCAACUUUGGCAUGGGCGGUGCGAAACUGGAAGGAGUCAUCCGAGACCAAGUGGAGGAGUUACUCGACCGGGUUGUGAUGCCGAACGAGGGCAAACCAUUCUGUAUCGAUGACAACCUCCAGAACGCUAUCGCCAACAUCAUAUGGGGCAUGGUGUCUAGUCAGAGGUUUGACAUCACUGAUACGCGGGCGCUGAGUGUCAUGAAACCGCUUGAUGACCUUGUGUACUUUCUUCCAACCAUCUUCCUCGUCGCAUUGUGCCCCCCGCUGAUGUAUCUGCCGGAAUGGCUAACAAAGCUUGACAAGGUGAAAGCCAUGUUUCAGUUACCAAUUGACAACCUUAUCCAACCGGCGAUCGACGAGCAUGACCGAACGGUGGACUUGAAUGGCGAGCCUCGCGACUACAUCGACUGCAUGCUGCAGGAGCGCAGUCGCAACCCGCAGCUCUUCACCAACAGACACAUGAUUCGCUCCAUCUUCGACCUGUUUAUUGCGGGCUACGACACAACCACCUCCACCCUACGCUGGGUCUUCCUUUACUGCUGCAAGUUCCCGCAAAUUCAACGUAAGCUGCGUGAGGAGAUUGCCAACAUUGUUGGCAAGGAACGUUCGCCGGCACUAUCGGAUCGUCCCCGCAUGCCCUACACAGAGGCCUUCAUAAUGGAGACUCAACGGAUGGCCAACAUCGCCCCCUUCGGUGUGGAGCACGUGACUCGCGAAGAGAUCCAGCUUGGUGGCUACACGAUCCCGCGCGGAGCCCAAGUCAUCUCGCUGCUGAUGGCCGUACACAUGGACGAAAAGCACUUCCCGGAGCCGGAGGUGUUCCGCCCAGAGCGGUUCCUCGACGACCAGGGUCGUGUCAAGCCGAAUCGCGCCCUGAUGCCGUUCUCGGUGGGCAAACGGUCGUGUCUGGGGGAGGCCCUGGCGCGUGCCGAACUCUUCCUGUUCGUCACGGCGUUGCUGCAGCGCUACUCGCUGCGGUUCCCGGACGGAUUUGAUGGCGACCUCAGCUGCAGUGAAUCUAAAUUCAUUCGACAGCCGAACCGAUAUGACCUGGUUAUGGAGAGGUCAUGAGUUCUGGUUGAUGUCAAUGUAAGAAUGCAACGCAAUACUGUAAGCAAAGGACAGCAUACCAUGUUACCUUCUUGUGCUGUUAGUAGGAUAGUGAAGUGAAGCGAGAGACAACACAAAUGUAGCUUAGCGCAAUGCCUAGCCUGAGCCAGGGUGAUUUACCGAACGCGUUUACUCCAGGCGAGGAGAACCCUCCCCACUCCACGUUCCGGGUAAGUAAAUGUGUGUGCGAUUGCGUAAUCAGAGCACUUACGUAAAUGAUCCACCCAAUGCACGGCAACUCUUCGCAUGUCAUUCGCAAUAUCAUAUACAUGUUUUAGUCUGACAAUCAGAGACAGUUUGCUUGAGCUGUUUGAACUACUGGUCGUUGUGACAACAUAAAGAAUAGCAGACCAAAAUGUUCUUAUACUAUUUUUAAAGAUAAAUGUCGAUGGAUUUACGUCACCCAAUCUAGGAGGGGCAAACAGUUUUCAAUGCCGUUGAAUGUGGAUGUUCCGCACUUCCAACGGGUGGAUUUUUGCAGCUUCCCUGCUUUGACAGCACUCGUUCAUGACCAAUUUAGUCCCUGGGCAGCGGGCACUGAGCUGAACGCUGGUGACUCUGCUAUCUGUCUGUAAUCGUUUUGGCCCAGCAAUAUAUCUAAGGGCCGAUAAAUGUAAGUGUAUAACAAUGUCUUUUCCACGCCGUUCCAUGUCUAUGUCUGCAUUUUAUCAGCGUUGUUUAACCCUCGCCCAUGUCGGGGGGGGGGUUGGUGCAACCCCCCCCCUGAGGCUUUUCGAAAAUAGUGCAAAAACGGCGGCGCGCAGCGCCGCCAAAUUUUGGGUACCUUAUGGGGCAAACCUUGCGCAUCUUUUUAUAAAAAAAAAAUUUGACCGGGUCAUGUCAGGUCACGGAGUUAUGACGUCACAAAGGGAACAGCCUCCGGCCGGAUUUUCACAAACUGAGUGCCAACGCCCGAGGUUUCCUGCCGGUGGUACGGACAUCGGUUGAUGGAUCGUGAUGAAACUUCCCAUGCAUGUUGGGGCAAGUAUUGGCUAUCAUAUGGUAUAAGAAACUUGACCGGGUCAGGUCAGGUCACGGAGCUAUGACGUCACAAGAGGAACAGCGUCCGGUACUAUUUUUGAAAAGCGCCCGAACCACUAUUUUGCUAAUUCUUGUCACCUCAAUGGGAAUAUGCAGCAAUAUUAGCUUCUAUAGGGAGCAAAUGGACCUCCCAAAUCCAAAAAUAUAAUCAGAUUUCAAAAAUUUAAAUUUUGAUUUUUCGAAUUUCUGCCGCCGACUGUGACCUUGCCGACUUCCGGCGCUCCCAACGCGCCAUUUUUAGAGCUAGGGAAACGAAAUACAUACCAAACGAUAGAGAAUUGAUCAAGGAACACGAUAGUGAAGGUUUCAAGUCGAUAUCUCCCACCGUUUCGCCGCAAUCGCCGCGGAAAGUUGAAAAAAGUCUAUUUUUCCGAAAAUUUGACCUUUGACCGGUCAAAAGUAGGUCAAAUGUUGACCUAUGACCAAAAAAUAUACCACCAAUCGCGAGAUCUCGGCGAGAGCAAUCCGUUGGUCUUUUCCGCUAAGCUCUACGACGCUCCGUUUUCAAACGCCAAGGGGGGGUCGCACCACCCCCCCCCCCCCUGCAUGGGCGAAGGUGGCAGAUCGCCGUUUACGGGCGAGGGUUAAUAUACCAUUUGAUUCAGCA